CGGCGAGGUCGCGGGCGCGCCACGAAUGUAAGCGCGAUUGCGUCGACAUUCCGCCACACUGAAUGCCGCGAAUCGGACGCGUUAUUGUCAUUGCCUUGUAAACCAUCACGUGUCGUACCGUUGUAAACUUUAACAGUGACCUAAUUAAACGUCAAAGCCCAUGCUUACAUCCAAAAGUAGUGAACUCAGUGACCAUAUAUAGCAAGAUGUGAAAUGAGAAAAAAUGCUCGAACAUUUCCGAUUAUUGCAACGUGUAUUUAAUUUUGUGACUCAGUGUACAAAGUUUCGAAGUGUUUACAUCAACUGUGAUUGAGACCGAGCUAUUUGCUCUUGAGCAGCGUUAUAUUGGAUGGAAAGAUUAAAAUAGAACGCUUGAUUAAAUCACGGCGUAUGGAGUCUACAAUGAAUUGUGUUCGCAGAAUUAGUUUGUAAUUAAUUGUGAAUAGUAAAUAUAAUCAAAAAUGUUUCGCUCGCGGCUAAUAGGAGCGCGUGGGAUUCUAUUAAUAUGUUUGACAACUUUGGCGUAUACAGAUGCACAGCAAUUCAAUGGCCCUUUGAUAACUCCCCUAAAGAAAGAAAUAACAUUACAAAAAGGACAAAAUUUUACCAUCACGUGUCAAUUUGAUAAGCCUAUCGAAAUAAAACAACAAGAAAUCCCCGAAGAAGUGAUUGAGUCGUUUUAUAUGAUACAAAGAAAUAUGACUGUAAUUGAGGGGGAUAAUAAAAUCUACCAGGCUGUACUCGAUCUAAUAAAUGUUGAUCAGUACGCAGUUGGCUACUAUGCUUGUUACGAAAAAGAUCUAGAUUCUAAUACAAUACUAACCGAUUUGAGAGAAGAACCUAGUAACACGAAUCAAGUCUCUUACAUUUAUGUAUACGUGGAUGGUACGGAUAGUAUAUUUGCGCCCAUGAGAGAGGUGGUAAUACCUAAAGGCAACUCAAAAGUUGUUAUUGAAUGUAGACCAACAACACCAGAUGUUAUUGUUACAUUGAUAGGGGAGUUAGCAGAAGUGGAACAUAGUUGUAACCCGAAAAUCGGGUGCACCUUCGAUAGUUAUUUCUUAUCGUUUUUGGAUGACCUGAUUACAAUUUGCACUUGUGGCUUUAAGCGAGGAAAUAUACAGGCAACAAAAGAUGUUUUUGUAAAUAAACACGACAAUAUAGAACCUCCCAUGCCCAAAAUUGUAAGAGAGUCCGAGUUAUUCCUAAGAGGUGAAACAUUUUCUAUAAAUUGUACAGUAGAUUAUCAAGCAAACUCUGCUGUUGUUUUGACUUGGCAGACACCGUAUCCGUAUGCAAACAAUAUUUUACAUGAAACAAAUGAAAGAGAAAUAACUCAGGGCAUAUUGUACAGUACUAUAACAGUUUUUAACGCAACUGAAAAAGAUGCUGGAGAUUAUAAAUGUAUAUCGAAGAAUCGAAAUGGGAAUAAGACGAGUAGAACAAAGAAAACGUACAACGGUACAGAAGGCUACAUAAAACUAGAAAGGCUAAAUAUGGAAAAGAUUAUAUCAACAGAUCCCUAUGUCACACCAUUAAGGCUCUUGACGCUUGUCGAAGCCUAUCCGCCCGCACAAUUUUCUGUAGUCAGAGAUGAUAUUGGGGAAUUACCCUCUAAUGAAAAAUUUUCUUUAAUACAUAAUUCAGUUGGUAUCGUGUUCCAAAUUAAAUACUUAAAUAUAAACGAUACAGGAAAUUAUACGCUAAUCGCAAAGAAUAAGUACAACACACGUAAUGUUACUUACGACAUAAGGCCAAAAGCUUCCCCUACUAUCGAGUUUAAUCUUAGUUCUAAUAAGAGGUUCUUAUCGGGCACUAUUGCUACCUUAAUGUGUACUGCAAUCGGAUAUCCUGGGCCAACGAUCACUUGGAAUUUUACAAAUGAAAAAGGUGAAAAACAGUCCUUAGAAAAACAGGCCAGUAGUUCUGCAGUUUCGAUUAUCAAAACAUCGUCAAUACUACAAAUUCCCGUUCGUACUUCAGGAAACAUAACGUGCUAUGCAACAAAUACUAUUAAUCACACAUCUGUUUCUCGAAAGUUCCUUGUUUACGAAAUAAACAAUGGCUUUGGUGUUGCCAAUAAAAACAAUACUUGGUUCUCCGAGAACGAUAGAGUGAUUUUAAAUUGCUACGCUUCGAAGUAUGAAUUUUCAAAUGUGACCUGGUUUGACGGCGGAGGAAAUGAUAUUGCCGAAAAUGUAAAACUGCAAGAAACUCCGUACUCGUACGUUGCGCAGUUAAUAUUUGACAGUAUAUCGUUAGAGCAGGCUGAUAAUUACACAUGUGCUGGAUUGAAAAACAAUGAAACAAGAGAAACAUUCACGAUUUCUAUAACAGUAACAGCACAGCGUUUACCCGAGAUAAAUGUUCCGAAAUUGGAUGAAGAAGACGUAGAAGUUAUUCCAUACCACCCAAUAUAUCUAGUCUGCCAAGCAGAUGCUGUGCCUCCACCUACAAUCAUCUGGAAAAAGGACGGAGUCUCUCUGACAAACAUAACUGAUGUCGUUAUAAAGACUGAUUAUUUAAAUUAUACAACGGUAAACUCGAGUAUCGAAAUCCAUAAUACAAUGCAGACAGACGGACGUGUUGAUGAUAACAAGGGUAAAUACGAAUGUAUUGCAGAAAGUCGUGGAAAUACUCAAAGAAAAACGUAUAAUGUGUUUUUCAAAGAUAAAGUGACAUACAAAACCACGUAUACUAUUUUAAGCGUAACUUGCGCUAUCGUAUUUAUACUAGUCUUGUUAAUUGUGUAUCUGACGUGGAGAAUACAAAAGGAGAAACAAUUCAGGAAAGAAUUAGCGGACGCUGGGCUAUUGUACUUUAAAGAAGGCGUCCCGAAAUCGCUAAAUCCAGACUUAGGUAUCGAUGAGCAAGCUGAACUAUUACCAUAUGACGACAGAUUUGAAUUCCCGCCAGAGAAACUUGUGUUAGGGAAACAAUUAGGAGCUGGGGCAUUCGGUGUUGUAUACAAAGCCGAAGCUAGAGGUAUUGUUAACGCAGAAGAAACCACUACAGUUGCAGUGAAAAUGGUAAAGAAAACAGCUGAUAACAUGUACAUCAAAGCGCUGGCUUCAGAGUUGAAGAUUAUGGUGCAUUUGGGGAAACACGUCAAUAUUGUUAACUUAUUGGGAGCUUGCACGAAGAAUGCCGGAAAAAGAGAGUUGAUUGUAAUCGUCGAGUACUGUAAAUUCGGCAAUAUUCACAAUUACAUGCUGCGACAUCGUGAGGUUUUCAUUGAUCAACUCACAGAUAAUAAAGAGAAAAACCUUGGCAAAGUGAACAGAGCUUUUUCCUGCAGCAGUGGAAGCAGCGGGAUGCAUUCUGAUUAUUUCAGCUCGAACAAUACUCAAGUAACAGAUCACACGUUUAUAAAUUCUGCAAAUACAAAUAGAUCUGACAGAAAAGAUAAUGCAAAUCAAAUUCCACACGUGGAGUUUAUAAAAGUAUCCGACACUGGUUACGUGCAACCCGAAUGGAGAUCAAAUUACGAAUGUGACUACCUUUACGAAGGGCGAAAUCCAAGACCUCUAACCUCAAGAGAUCUAUUAGCUUGGGGAUUUCAAAUUGCAAGAGGGAUGGAAUAUCUUGCCAGCAGAAAGGUGCUUCAUGGAGAUUUAGCAGCAAGAAAUAUACUGCUUGCUGAGGACAAUAUCGUAAAAAUUUGCGAUUUUGGAUUAGCGCGAAGUAUUUAUAAGAAUGACGAAUAUCAGAAAAAGGAAAACAGCCCUUUGCCAGUGAAAUGGUUAGCAGUGGAAUGUAUGACCGACCGUAUAUUUUCAACUCAAUCAGAUAUAUGGUCUUUUGGCAUCGUGCUGUGGGAGCUGUUUUCGUUGGCUAAAACACCAUACCCAAAUAUUAGUCCAACUAACUUGCUUAAAUGGCUUUUAGAAGGGCAUCGAUUGGAGAAGCCGACCUACGCGGACGACAGGCUCUAUGACGUAAUGUUGAAGUGUUGGGAACAGAAACCCACCGCCAGGCCCUCCUUCUCGCAACUACAAGAAAUACUCGGCUCCUUCUUAGAAGACAAUGUUCGAAAUCAUUACGUCGAUUUGAACUCCGCAUACAUGGAGUUAAACGCGAAGUGUGAGGGCCAAGAGGACUAUUUAGCUAUGGUUUCGGCGCCCGAUUUCAACAAUCUCGUGACGCCGAGCCCUCAUCAUUAUGUGAAUGAAACCACGCAGUUCUUUCCGCCGACGCCUACGCAGUUACAGCAUGACGACGAAGGCUACUUACAAAUGAGCCCAGCGAACCAACGCAUAUUCAGUCCACGCGCUCAAGACACUAAAUUUGAUUUCGACGCUCGUAAAUUGAACCCUAGAAUGACCGAGGCAAACGGCCUCAGCUCAGAAUCGACUCCGAUGUUAUCCCUUAACAACCUUCCAGCAAGGAGCGGAUCCGACUCUGACUACGACGGGAACUCAUCCUCGUAUAUGCCCAUGUGCCCUCGAAUUGAAGAAGAAUCAGAUGACGUUUUCGAAGUCAAAGACUGUAAUAAAAACACGAAAAACAGAGCAAUAACUAAUCCGACUUACAUUGCUUUUAACGAGAAUAAGAAGCCCCUAAACAUUUCCAAUAAUUACAUUAAUAUAAACGUGCCCAAUGGUCUAGUCAAGUAGAUAUCUUUUAUGACGUACUCUUGUACACAUUUACAAUACAUAUGUAUGAGUAUUAGAAUUCAUUCGUUGGUUUUGAUCUCCUUAUAAUAUUAUCAUUGAAUACAAAAUCUCAUUACUUUUAAUGUUUAAGCUAUUUUUUAUAGAAACUGCGUGUAACGGAAUGAAAGAUCCGUUUUCUUUUUAUGUAUGAUUCUUAGUAAUAUGAUACUAAAGAUUGUUAAUAAAUAAAUGAGUAUUAAUAUAUGUUGUUGUAAGUAAUAUUUUUUAUAAAGUACAAAGAUUUAUUUUAAACGUAGCAUAAAUAUAUAAUUUAAUAUUUAAAGUAGUGUCAUUACCAUUACUUAAAAUAGUCAGAUAAUUUCGCUUUCACUGGUAUUUUCAGUAUUUAUGUACCAACCCCACCACCGUAUAUUUAUUAAUUACAUAAUUGUUAAUAUUUUUUCCAUAUUAAUGAUUUGCUAUUAUGCUAUCAUUCCUUGCUUCUAUCUUGAGAAUUUUUUAGUGAAAACAUUUUUGCAUUUACUAAAAUUUUCUGUCUUGUAAACUUGAUAUUCAAGUUUUUAUUUGCGCCGUGAUAAGUUAGAUGUAUUGUUAAAGUAAAUAUAAGUUAAUAGAACUAGUUUCAUAAAAUAUGCAUGUUUUCUGUUUCUGAUGUUAUUUGUGAGAUUUUAAGUAAAUAUAAGAAUAUUCUUUAUGUAUUAUGUAUUUAUAAAUGUGAAUAUUCUGAAUGGAAAAAUAAAGCAUUGUUUUGAAAACUAA